GCUGAGUCGUGCUUUGCUCGUUCUCCCCUUCGCUUCAAAUUCCCCUUUGACUAAACUAGACUCACCCACCGACGACGACGACGAAACCCUAGCCUUGCGGAUCGAUCGGCGGCGGCGGCCAUGGAGAGCUGGGCAAGCUGGGUGGGCGCCAGCGUCACCUCCGCCUUCUUCGCCUCCCUCGAGCGCUGCUCCUGCAUCAACCUCUCCACCGACGACGACGACGACCUCGCCGACGCCCACGAAUCCAAGGACCGCCCCCUCGUGCUCUCCGACGCCAACGCCCACGCCCACACCGACGCCCAUCCCGAUCCCCCCGCCGCCGCCGCCGACGCCGACAAGCACAAGGACGACAAGCUCCCGCCCGUAUGACUACGCUACUGUUACUUGAGACGCCGCCUGCUAGUAUGUGUCUUGGUCUUCUCCAUGUCUUCCAAUUCCAUCUGCUAGUGAAUGCUAUCUUUAGCCAUUGUGACAAACCAAACAAUAAACCAUCUGUCUUUCCUAUCGUGAUUUCUGCCUCCGGCUGUGAAUAUCCGUGUGCCUUUUGUACUGGAUUGCGUUAUAUCUAAUCAAUCAAAUCAUCGUAUCUAUUAUUACUUGCUGCUA